AUGCUGACACGGGGCGCCGGGCGGCUCCCCAGGCCGCGCCUACGAGGCGCCACGUGGAGAGAAGCCUUAGCCCGGAAGCAAAGCCGCCUCGUGGCUGAGUUUCUCUGGAGAAACUCUUCCUCGAAGCAGGCUGAUGCUCGAGGAGAGACCGCGUCUCGGGAUACGAACAAAGAGAUUUUCGUGUUGCUCCCUGCUGAAUCCCUCUUUAGGCUGCAGUUUGUGUGCAAGCAGUGGUUUGGUCUGAUCAAUAGCUCGAUUUUUGUGUCGAGUCAUGCUGAAAAGUCGGAGACGGUCUUGAUAUCUCAGCAGAUGGCCUUUUGGCCGAGAGGGUGUGCAGGGAAGCCAAAGGCCUACUUCCAUUUCUUGAGUUUGGAUGGUUUGAGGAGUAGUUUUGUAGAGUCGAGUGUGGAUGAUUUAGUUAGCGUUCGAGCAAGCUAUGAUGGCGUGAUUCUCGGAUUUAAUUCGAGGAGGAAGAGAUUGGUGCUCAUGAAUCCUAUAACCGGGAAGUAUGUUGAUCUUCCAUUAGGUGUUUCAUGUCAUCACCUAUGUGAAUCAUUUAGUAUAGCCUUUUGUAGUGAGGCGAAAACGUACAAAGUCGUGCACUUGUUCCGUGAGGUGUUGGGGGGUGUUGGUUGUGAGAUCUUGAGCGUUGAGACAAGGGAAUGGAGGAGCAUCGAGGAGCCACUUGAAUUGGUUCGGAUUAGGCAAAACCUGGUGUCUGUGGGGGGAUCACUGCACUGA